AUGGCUGCGAGGAAUGAUGCUGCGAUAGCUGCUGCUUUGGAAGCGAUGGCUCAGGCUAUGCAGAACCAACCGAAUGCUGACGAGAAUGCUGGAUCUCGUAGUUUGGAGCUCGAGCGAAUCUUCCGUGUUAUGGAUUGCACUCCUACUCAGAAGGUCAGAUAUGGCACCCAUAUGCUAGCUAAGGAAGCUGAUGAUUGGUGGUUGGAGACGCUUGCUAGGUUGGAGUUUUCAGGUGAGGAAGUCACUUGGAAUGUGUUCCGUAGGGAAUUUCUGAGGAAGUACUAUCCUGAAGAUGUUCGGGGUAAGAAAGAGAUAGAAUUCCUAGAGUUGACGCUAGGGAACAAGUCCGUGACCGAGUAUGCUGCCAAGUUCACUGAGUUGAUUAAGUUCUAUCCUCACUUUGAUGGCGAAGGUGCUGAAUUUUCCAAGUGCAUCAAGUUUCAGAAUGGGUUACGCUCGGAGAUCAAGAAGGCUGUGGGGUACCAAAAGAUCCGUUUGUUUUCUGAUUUGGUUGACAGUUGUAGGAUCUUUGAGGAAGAUAGUAAUGCUCAUCACAAGAUGGUUAGUGAUAGAAGGGGCAAGAAUCAACAAAGCCGUGGGAAACCAUAUGAUGCUGGUAAAGGGAAACAAAGAGUUACUCAUGGUCAGAGAUGUGGUAAGAUGGGACAUGCAAUGUCUGAUUGCAAGCAUAAGGACAUGGUAUGUUUCACGUGUGGCGAAGAGGGACACAUUGGUAGCCAGUGUCCAAAGAAGAAGGCACAAUCUGGUGGAAAAGUGUUUGCUUUAGCUAGGACUCCUACAGCUAGUGGAGACCGACUCAUCAGAGGGUUUCAGGGUUUCUCAACUAAAAAGCUGCCUCUACUUUCUUCUUCCGUGUUUCAUUGCAAUCCCUCAUUCAUAUGGCAUCUGAAGCAUUUAGCAUUUCAAGCAACCUAUCUCAUUCUAGGAGAAGAAGGUUGCAGUGUUACUGUGGGUUGGACGCCCCCCUGGUUACUUCUUGGACAUCUCAGAAUCCAGGUCGAAGGUUCUAUGGUUGUGGGUUAUACAAGUUACAAGGAAGGAAAGGAUGUGCAUAUUUUGAGUGGUACGAUGAGCAACUGGAAAGAGUUCAGCAUUUAG